AUGGCUGUGGAGCUCAUGAUGGGAUUUAUUGACAGUUUUGCAGCGCAAAUGGAAGAGAAUGCUGUGAAGGAAGCUGCCUCAGCUGGAAUUCAAAGCGUCGAGAAGUUCAUAAGCUUGAUUUCGCAACACCACCACCAAUUCCAAGACUCUUCUUUUUCUUCCUCAUCGAACCCUGAAGCUGCUACAGAGUACAAAGCUGUUGCAGACAUGGCCGUGACCAAGUUCAGGAAGGUCAUUUCAUUACUGGACAAUGGAAGAACCGGCCACGCUCGGUUCAGAAGAGCUCCUGUCACUCCAUCUCCGCCUCCACCCCCACCGCCGCCUCAGGAAACAGAGACCCAAAUCCCAAGGCCUUCAAUUCAAGAACCUCAUAACCCAAAAACAGAUCAACCCCCUGGUUUCAAAACAGAGCAAUCCUCUGCUUUCAAGGUUUACUGCCCCACACCGAGUGUGCGUUUACCGCCUCUGCCUCACAAUCCCCAUCUGAAAACCACGCCUGUUGUGUUGACAAAGAGUGUUGGGUGCGCUGAGAGAAAGCUGGAUGCUCCUACCACCAUCAAUUUCUCACCCUCACCUUCGAUUUCCGCUGCCAAUUCAUUUAUGUCUUCUUUAACCACUGGAGAUGCUGAGGGUUCUGUGCAGCAUUCAAUGUCUUCUGGGUUUCAGUUCACAAACAUGUCACAGUCGUCCUCGGGCAAGCCGCCUCUUUCUUCUUCUUCGUUGAAGAGGAAGUGCAAUUCCAUGGACGAUGUUGCAGCUCUCAGGUGCGGCUCAUCUUCUGGGCGAUGCCACUGUUCCAAGAAAAGGAAAUCAAAAGUGAAAAGAGUGGUCAGAGUCCCUGCAAUUAGUAUGAAAAUGGCUGAUAUUCCACCGGAUGAUUAUUCAUGGAGAAAGUACGGUCAAAAACCCAUCAAGGGUUCCCCUCAUCCAAGAGGAUAUUACAAGUGUAGUAGCCAGAGAGGCUGUCUUGCACGCAAGCACGUGGAGCGGGCUCUAGACGAUCCAACCAUGCUGAUUGUGACCUACGAAGGUGAUCACAAUCACUCCCACAGUGUCACGGAUCCAACGCCUGCUCUCGUCCUCGAAUCAUCUUAA